CACGCAUACAGCAAGAUUUUAUUAUUUAUUUUUGUUUGGUGCUGUGUUAAGAUUUUUAUAACGCCAAUUAAGAAUAAUUUCGUAAAAAGUUAAAGGGAUGGAAAACAACAGUCCGACGACAGCUUUGGAGAAAUGGGGAUUUCCAUUGCAGGAGCUGUAUCGUCUAGCAUUUACAUUCUACAAACAAAACUCUGGCAAGGCGAUACAUUUGUCAUACGAGGAUAAUUUGAAGUUAAUAGCGUUCAAGCAACAGGCUUCAUUGGGAGCCUUCAAUACAAAUCAUGCGCCGGCUUUGGGAGUGCUCGAUGUCAUUGGUCGCGACAGGCAACAACACUGGCAACUCUUGGGAGACAUGACCAGGGAGCAGGCAAUGGAGGGAUUUAUCGAUCUGCUCGAUACCAUGUGCAGUGCAUUUCGGCCGUAUAUUGAGGCCGUUAGACAGAAUCGCGAUGACACUUUGAAGUCGGAGCUGCGACGAAUGGAACUCGAAAAGGAGACGCGAUUGAAGCGGGAGAGGGAACAGCAGGAGCUGCUGGAGGAGGGUUACAAGGAGGAGAUGCAACGACGACAGCUGCAGGAUGCGCUUAACAAGCAAACAUAUCAGCAGUUUAAGCUGUACGCGGAGAAGCAGUUUCCGGGAAAUCCGGAACAGCAGGCGGUGCUAAUCCAUCAAUUGCAGCGGGAACAUUAUCAUCAGUAUAUGCAGCAGUUGCAUUUGCAGAAUCAGAAUCAGAGCGACACAAAAGACAAGGAUCCGGAGAAUAUGCCACCACAGGAGCAGAAGGAACUGGAUAAGGGAAAGGAGCAAAGCAACAAUAACAAUGGCAGCCUGGAACUGGCCAAUGCCAUCGAGGGACUUCAACUGCAUAGUAAAUUCCAGACACGGGAACAGUGGGAAGGGGAACAGCAGGAACAGCGGGAGCAGGAGCAGCUCCAUGAUCUGGAAUCGGUGGCUGGGGCAGAGGGAGCAGGGGGAGGGGGCAGCAGUGAGGAUUAUGAUGAUUAUGUGAUGAUACGGCCGGCCAAGAUCUGGACGCGUCCGGAUAUUCAACAGUUCAAGACUGAAGUUUCCGCUGGCGAUGGAGACGGCGUCAUUACCAUUGGACACGGCGAUACGGUAACGGUGCGUGUGCCGACAAAUCUGAAUGGAAAGUGCAUUUUCUGGGAAUUUGCUACGGAUAAUUAUGACAUUGGUUUCGGCAUUUACUUCGAAUGGGCCAAACCCGUGACUAAUGAGGUGACUGUUCAUGUUAGCGACAGCGAUGAGGAUGAGGAUUGUGUGGAUGAGGAUUAUCUAUCCACCACCGAGGAUUUGGAGUCGGGCUCUCUAUCGCAGGAUCGCAAUACAUUGGCGGCACAAAGUGCGGCUGCUGCUGCCGCCUCAAAGGCGCCAAUCUCAAUAAUUGUGCCAAUCUAUCGGCGUGAAUGCUACAACGAGGUCUAUGUCGGAUCCCAUUCCUAUCCCGGCGAAGGUGUCUAUUUGCUGAAAUUUGACAAUAGCUAUAGCAUUUGGCGUUCCAAAACGCUCUAUUAUCGCGUCUAUUACGAGCGAUAAACGAUUAACGAUAAUAACGGCCAAAAAUCCAGUAUCCAGUUCUCAGUUCCCUACUGGGUAAUUCUAUCUCAUUGGGUCCUACUGGGUCUACUUACUACCACACAGAGAGAGAGAGUGUAGGUGUUUAGCGGGAUGUGUGCAAUUUUAUUAAUUGCACUUUUUCUCAUGAUUAAAUC